GCGUGCUCACAAGCACAAUAUCCUUUCAGGAUGAUAAGCAUGAAGCAUGCCGCAAACUAGAAGGGGAAAUAUACAGAGAUCCACAGCAUUUGGACAAGGAAGCUCAGUUAACAUGAAAGAGAUAAGAGAAUUCGUGUGACAACAAUUAGCCGAGUUUGAAACAAGAAUGGCCAGGAUGGUGUGGGAAGUCAUCGAUCACCUUCUCAAGGGUAGCCUCCUAAUUAGAUAUGCCAACCGAAUCCUCUGACUCAAUCAUAAGACCUCUGGCAUGAGGAAGCGCCACAGAGGCUGCCCUCCACUCCACCAAAGAAAACGAGGAUUACAUCUAGAUAGCAAGGCAUACACCUCUUGUAGCGAGGAGUGAACGAGGGUGUGGAGGUUGACUGAGCUAGAAAACCCUUUCUCUAGGGUGAUCGCGGUAGCCAUUCCAUCAGAGAGAUUCAAAAUACCAUCUCUAUACUCAUGCAAAUUAUUGCAUUUUGAUGGAUGAGAAUGGAGAUGGGAGAAAUGCCGAUUCUUAUGGCGUGUUGUUGUAUUAUAACUACACCCCUAUACCUGACGUUGCUUCCCUAGCCAGAUUCUAUGAUGCCCAUUGCCAAUCAUUAAAACUCUUUGGCCGCAUCCGGGUUAGCCUUGAUGGCGUCAAUGUCACUAUUGGAGGGAAGUUCUCAGCUUUGGAAGAGCACAUAGCAGUUAUGAGUUCAAACAGCUUGUUUGAUGGUACCGACUUCAAGCUAGCAUCUAGCGGUCAUCCUUCAAAUGAAAGUAUUGCAAGGGAGUGCGGGUUUACUUCUCUCUCUGUUCGGAUUGUUAAGGAGCUGGUAACUUUUAUCUCCAAUCCUUUGUUGAAAUCGCCAGUGAUCUCAAAUGCUGGAAGGCACCUCUCUGCAUCAGAAUUCCAUUAUGUUCUGCAUCAGGCUGCUAAGUGUGCUACUGAUGGAAAUGCUUUGCAUUAUGGGGCAAAAAUGCAGAAUGAGAAUAUUGUAUUGUUGGACGCAAGGAAUGUGUAUGAGACUAGGAUUGGGAAGUUCAAAGUAUCAAAUAUUAAUACCCUGGAUCCAGAAAUAAGGCAGUACAGUGAUUUAGCUUCGUGGAUAGAUAAGUACUCUGAAAGGCUUCGUAACAAGGAUGUUCUGAUGUAUUGCACUGGGGGCAUAAGAUGCGAGAUGGCAUCAGCCUAUAUCAGAUCAAAAGGUUCAGGUUUUGAGAACGUGUUUCAG